UUAAAUUCUUAUAUACUCUUUUUUCUCUUAGACUAUACGCAAACGAAACCAAUAACGUGUCUCCUUCUCUCUCCUCUGCAAUUCCCAUCUGCAAGCGCCGCCCGCUCUGCGUCCGCCGGAAAAACGAUACCCGACCUGAUUCAGUUACAAUUUCCACACAGAUCGAGGAAAUCAGCAAAUUAAAGUAUGUGUUGCGACGGUGAGUGCAGACCUUUAGGGUUUCUGCUCGGCCUUCCCUUCGCGUUCCUUUCCCUCCUCAUCUCCAUCGUUGGAGUGGCCGUCUGGAUCGUCGGGUUAUUGUUGAGCUGCAUAUGUCCUUGCUGCCUCUGCGUGACGGUGCUGGUCGAGCUCGCGUUGGAGCUCAUCAAAGCCCCCAUUCAUGUCAUGGAGUGGUUUACUUCUAAGAUCCCUUGCUGAAUUCCAGUUUAUUGUUUUAGCUUCUUUAUCUUCUGGGAAUAUCUGUUUUGUGAUGUUAAAUUGUGCGGUAAUUAAUUCGUGGAAUUAUAUAAUUUUUUUAGAACU